CGAUGUUUAAUUGAGCUACGUAUUUUCAAUGCAGUGUUAUAGGAAUGACAACGACGGGGUGAGCGAUGAGCUAAGACGCAAAUAGCCGAAGCUGCCCAUGGCACCGAACAGCCUACAGUCGCAGCGUCAGCAACUAUCCCUGCACCACCAACCCUGCGGCGAGGUCACGUCGCCACUUAGGCACGAUGACAAUAAAGCCAUGGCUGCGGCUGCUUUGCUUAGGGAUGAGACACGGCAAGUGUCGGCACCGCUAUAUUGGCAAAAUCCUAAGGACGAUGCACAUCAGAGGCCAAUACCGACCACCGUAGUGGUUGGCGCCAGUCCAAGCGUAUUGCCCACCAACAACUACACCGUCAUUAACAGCGAGGAAUGCGCAGCUGACUCGAACAAGAGUAUCAAGUUUAAGAAAAGACCUAUUCCACCUUGCCCCUGCCCUGACGAUAUGACGGCCUAUGUGAAAAUGAACCGGAAAGAAGGUGUAAAUAAUAGGAGACGCUCAGAAUUUAACAUUGAUGAUGAUAACCUGGACGUCAAGGACAUGAAAGGGUACUGCCGGUCGAUUAGGUCCAAGCUCAACGAAGUGUUCUACAGGACUCCCGGGCCAUUGCAGCAAAAUCUGCGCGCGCGGCUCCUAGCUCAGCAGGUCUGGUUCGAACUACAAUGCAAAUUAUUUCUACCGACACCCGUCAUAACCAAAAGCACCUUUAUCGAAGUCCUCCAAACGUUUGAAAAUAUAAGAGAUUACUCGGCCACCAAAGAAAGAAGUAUAUGGAAACAGGACAUGACAGCGACAGUGGGGCAAGGCACGGGGCCGCCGUUCUCGGUGUUUUGGGGCCAUGCGCCGCGACCUCGCCUCUGCGCGUGCCCCGACACGCCAUGUCGUUGCGCACGCACGCGCGCAAUGCCACAAGAUUUCAGCUUGCCUAGAGGUGAAUCAAACUUAUGCCAUAAGCUAAUCAAAUCCCUUCUCCGCAUUCAUGAAGUUCGGCUGUUAAAUAUGUAUAUAAUGGAAAUAUCGGCCUCGUCUUGACAACACUUUGUGUUUCAAAUAUAAUACCCCAUAUCUUUGUAAACGCAUACGAUGGCGCAGUGGUGGACAAUUAUGUGUGAGAUGGCCCUGCCUACGGCCAGGGAAUCCAGUGUAAACGAGAUGUCGCCUUCUCCCGAUCAGCAAUGCUAC